CCUGGAGAGAGUCAGCCAUAGUAUUGGGGGCAGUGAGGUCCUAAUCCUCUGCAGUCUUCUCCGCCAGGGCUUAACCCCUGCCAAGUGAGGGAACGAUGUUCUGGCUCCUGGUCCUGCUGGCUUCGCUCGUCCUUCUGCUGGUCUGGGCAACACCCUACGUCAGAUAUUUUUAUUGGGGGCAGCUAAGAGGCUCAGUGGAUUGAGAGCCAGGCCUGGAGGGAGAUGGGAGGUCCUGGCUGUGUGACCCUGGGCAAGUCACUUAACCCCCAUUGCCUAGUCCUUACCACUUUUCUGCCUUGGAACCAAUACACAGUAUGGAUUCUAAGAAGGGAAGCAGUUUCUAAAGGGGUAUGUACAUCAACUGUGCAGCUUCCUGGAAAGGUAGUAAUAGUUACUGGAGCCAACACAGGCAUUGGGAAGGAGACUGCCAAAGACCUUGCUCAGAGAGGAGCUCGAGUAUAUAUUGCUUGCAGGGAUUUGCAAAAGGGGGAGUUGGCAGCCAGUGAGAUCCGGGCUAAGACAGGGAACCAGCAAGUGCUAGUGCGGAAGCUGGACUUGUCUGAUACCAAAUCGAUCCGAGCCUUUGCUGAAGCCUUCCUGGCAGAGGAGAAACAUCUCCACAUUCUGAUCAAUAAUGCAGGAGUGAUGAUGUGCCCCUACUCUAAGACUGCUGACGGAUUUGAGAUGCACAUGGGAAUUAAUUACUUAGGCCAUUUUCUUCUGACCCACCUGCUGCUGGAGAGGCUGAAGGAAUCAGCCCCAUCAAGGGUGGUGAACUUGUCUUCCUUGGCAUUUCACCUGGGCAGGAUCCAUUUUUACAACCUACAUGGUGAGAAGUACUAUAACCGGGGCCUUGCCUACUGCCACAGCAAGCUGGCCAAUGUGCUUUUUACCCAGGAGUUAUCUAGGAGACUAAAAGGUACUGGAGUUACUACGUAUUCUGUACACCCUGGAACCGUGGACUCUGAUUUGUUUCGGCAUUCCCUUUUCCUGAAACUAUUGGUUAAGCUCUUCUCCUCCUUCAUCAAGACUCCGCAGGAAGGAGCCCAGACCAGCCUGUAUUGUGCUUUGACUGAGGGUCUUGAACCUCUGAGUGGGAACCAUUUCAGUGACUGCAGGCCUGCGUGGAUCUCAUCCCGGGGACGCAACAUGACAACAGCAAUGAGGUUGUGGGAUGCCAGCUGCAACAUGCUGGGAAUCCAGCAGGACUGAGGCCAAAGAGCAGCUUUAGACAGUUCGGUUUUCAUGUGCCAAAAGGACUUCUAAGGCUAAUGGAAUGAGAGCAUAGUCCUUGCAUGGAGUAGACGUUUGUCUACCUGACUUGAGGGCUACAGCCCAAUGCACUGCCAGAUCUUUCUAAAUAUCUUUUACUUGUGUGUCUCUGCCUUGUCCCCCCAUUCCUGCCAGGGCUAUCAGUCAUAAUGCAGGAAAGCAAGACCCCAAUAUUUACAUGUGCAGAUAAUUCUUCCCUCCUGCUGGCUUCUAGCUGAAUGGGGCCAGACAACGAAGAGGGAAGGAUUAUACUGGAAGUUAGCCCUCUUUGACCUUUAUUGGAUGGAAUCUACUUCCUACCUAUCUGAUCUCCACUUGGGAGAAAAGUUCUGUAAUCCUUAGUCCAGAGACUCUUCAUCAAGAUCAAAACCAGGUUCUCCCUUUGGUAAAAAUCAAUCCAAGGCUCUAAAGUCUAGACUCAUUCAGGAAAAUCUCUAUUAAAUCUAAACUUCACUUUGGUUCUUUCCUUUGGUCAUAUUGGAACCAUUGUGAGUAUGGUGGAGCAUGCCAUGUUUUUAAUAGGAUAGCUUAAAAAAAAUACAGCCCUCUCCUGUUCCAUUUAGGAGAAAAUAAAGGCCAAAUGUUGUUUGUCAUUUUCUUACUAUUUCUGACAAGGUGGGGAAAGAGAGAAUAAGAGAAAUUAGGACUGCAUGUCAUAAUGUCAGGUCACUCAUUUCUUUCUUCCUUCGGCCUUAGUUUCUCUUUAUAAAAAGUCAAGAGAGAAGGGGAAGCUAGGUGGCUCAGUGGAUAGAGCUCUUCUGCAGAUAGAAAGUCCUAGGUUGAAAUGUGACCUCAAACACUUCCUUGCUGUCUUUACUGCUUUUCUGCCUUGGAACCAAUACUGGUAUCAAUUAUAAUACAGACGAUAAAGGUUUAAAAAAAAGAUUGGGAAAGUUCUAUCUUUGAUUGUUCAUCACCAAUCAUAUGUUUAACUUAAUAUUGUUCACUACUGCUACCAAGCAAUAGAGCAGUGAUGGAGAACCUAUGGCACAGGUGCCAAAGAUGGCACGCAUAGCACUCUCUGUGGGCACACAGCUGCCCUGCCCCCCCCCCCAAUUCAUUAUUAGAAAGGCAGAGGGACUUGGGCAGAACUGCUCCCCUCCCCCUCCUCAUCAUGCCAUGUAACAUUUUUUCACAUCUCCUGUCUGCCCAGCAGCCCAAUGGGAGUGUAGAAGGGGUAAGGUGGAUGGCUCAUAGUGGGCAAAGCUGGAGGGGAGCAGAGUGCUCAGGCCACUCCCCUUCACUUCUCUACGCUCAGUGAGUACAUUCCUCACUUCAUUUAUCCACCCAGCAGCCCAAUGGGAGUUCUUUCUCUCUCCCCUGUGUAGGGUAAUGGGGGGAAAGGGUGUACCCGGUACACUGUGGGGGGAUGGGCACAGCACUGUCAGGGCAGGGACGGACACUCCUCCAAAAGGUUCACCAUCACUGCAAUAGACUGACCCCAUUGUUACACAACAGCUAGUAAUAAUGAGGGAGAUGUCUUUAUGAUAGUCUGUUUUUCUUUGUAAUCUUGCCCUUCUGGGUCAGUGAUGACUGACUGCAAGUCAGUUAGGUGACUGGGUCUUUCAGCUGUAUCUUGGUGCAGAUGGCAGGGAAAUAUGGGCAGAGACUUGGUAGAAGACAAAGGAUUAGAAGAGGAUGGUGAGGGAGAGCAUUAGAAGUUGAAUGUUUAGUAAGAGAUAGAACACACUAUGGAUUCAAAGUGGAGAGCUAUCAGGAAUUUGAGAGGCCAACCUAUAAGACAGUAGAGAAACUAAAAUGUCAGUUCCAACUAGAACUGAUAGAACAUUACCUAUGACCCAUAUGAAAGCAUACUGGGAUUUAUGCAUCAUUUUAUUCAAUUUCCAGGCAGCUAGCUAAUGCAUUAGAUAUAAUGCUGGGCCUGGAGUCAAGAAGAUGGAUUCAAAUCCAGCUUGAUAUACUUGUUAGCAAUAGGACCCUGGAUCAGUCAUUAAACCUCAGUUUCUUCAUCUAUAAAAUGGGGAUAAUAGCACCUACCUCCCAGUGAUGUUGUGAGGAUUGACUGAUAUAAUAUUUGUAAAAUGCUUAAUGGAGUACUUGGCACAUAAGUACUAUAUAAAUGUUAACUAUUAUUAUUCCAAAAGCAUUUGUUUUCCAUUUAUGUAGACAUGGGUACAACUGCUAAUUGUGGAAUUUAACUUUUUACAACAUUAAUGCUUACAAAGUGAACACAGGAAUGAAAAAUGUUUGCUUCCAUUGCUUACAGUAUAGUGACUUGCUAGAAUUUGGAUUUAUUUUUCCUGAACUGGUAUUUUAGAUGUUUAACUUUGGAGAGGAACAAUUAGGGGACUAGUCCUGAUUCUUCAUAUUUGAACAUUUCUCAUCUCUUUUCUAUAUUGUCAUUGUUAUUGCCUAGAAAAUGACCUAUUACUGCUGCAGAGGGGGCAUUUUUGUUUUUCAUAAGAAUUGUGGUACAACAUCUGAAUUAACACUGGCUCUUAACUUAUAUGGAAUAGCUCAUAACAAAUAAAAAUAGAUGGCUAUUUA